AUGCCGGCCACCUUCAAAGCUAAUCUCCUUGCGACCUCUAUCCGUACGCCGCCCAUACUCGGGGCCCCGAAAAGCGUCGAUCCCGAUGCCAGAGUGGAAGCCGAAGACGUUGUGCAGCUUCUCUCGCAACCAGCAGCCAUCGAGGCGUCCACCGCCGCCCCGUCCACGGCCAACGAGAAGAUCAGCUGUACCUACUUCGCCAAAGCCGAUCCUCUAGUCUCAAAACAUGCAGAACUCACCAAGACGCAAAUGGCGAAACAAUUUGACCUGCGGUAUCGAGAUCUGCGCGAUAUUGACUUGCGGUCCGAGUCGGUGACGCGGAUCCUGGUCCGGCCCGCAACCAUUUUAGUGCAGUUCUUUGAUCUGUGCCUCCUCAUCCAGGCCGACGAAGCUCUGCUGGUUGACGGCGUGUCCAAAGACCCUGCCGGCACUGGCAAUAAAUCCGCCGGCGUGCUCGAGCAUGAUUUCAAGAAGAGAUUGGUCGGCAUCAACUCCAACGAUGCGGCCAUCGUGUCGGAUCUCCCCUACGAGCUGCGCGCGGUGGAAGCCGCGCUGGUCGCUGUGCUGUCGACGUUGCGGGAAGAGCUCGUCGAGGCGCGUAAGCAGGCCGAGCAUAGCGCCCGGCAGCUGCGCCUGGAGUCCGGUCUGGCCGCCGCCGGACUCGAUCUCUUGUUUGAGCGAUCGCGGCGGCUGGGCCAGAUUGAGCAAAAGGCUCGCCUGGUCCGCGAGACCAUCCGUGAAGUGCUCGACACCGACGAAGAUCUCGCCGCUAUGUACCUGACCGACACCGGCGUAGGGAAGCCGCAUGAUGUCAGCGACCACCAGGAAGCCGAGUACAUGCUGGAAGCGUACCACAAGGCGGCCGACGCACUGGUUGAAUCGGCCUCGGCGGCGAUCGGGGUCAUCCGCAAGAAGGAAAACACCUUCCGCUCCGCCCUGGCCGUCCAGCGGAACCAGAUCAUGUUCUUGGAGGCCAGGGUUGCAAUCCACACUUUGGGCUUGGCUGCCGGCACGCUGGUGGCCGGCCUGUUCGGCAUGAACUUGAUCAAUUACGCCGAAGAGGCUCCCUGGGGAUUUCCUGCCGUCACGGCCGCUUGUGUUGUUCUGAGCUCCUUGUUCUCAGCCUAUGGGGCGCGCAAGCUCCGCAGGAUCCAGAGCCUGCACGAGAUUCAAGGCUACAAAGAGUCUAGGCGGUAG